AGCAAGGCUGGUUAAUGAGUUUAAGGAAGGAAAGGGGAGCGCCCUCAAUCUGAAGUCUGAAGUUCACCUAGAAAAAAUCAGGGAGAAGGAAAGAUAGGAAGACGUCGCCCAACACUCGGCUGCCAAGGAAAGGAACACUACCUGAAAAAGGUAUUUAAAUUCCCUGAGACUUAAGCUGGCAUCAUGCCACAGGAAGUCAAGACCGAUAUUCCAAAAGUCCUCAAUAAAACCACACCAGGACUUCAGAUAUGGAGAGUGGAGAACAUGGCACUGGUGCCCUGUCCAUCUAAAACUUACGGACAGUUUUAUGAGGGAGACAGCUACAUGAUACUCUAUACUCACAAGACCAGCAACCACUACUCCUAUGACAUCCAUUAUUGGUUGGGUAAAUGCACGUCCCAGGAUGAGCAGGGAGCAGCAGCAAUAUACACCACCCAGAUGGAUGAGCACCUGGGGGGAGUUGCUGUACAACAUCGAGAGACCCAGGGCCAAGAAAGUGCCAUUUUCCAAGGAUACUUCAAAGAGGGCAUCAUAUACAAAAAAGGUGGAGUUGCAACUGGGAUGAAACAAGUGGAGACCAACACAUACAACAUUCGAAGGCUGUUGCAUGUGAAGGGAAAUAAGCAUGUAGUUGCGGGAGAGGUGGAUAUGAGCUGGAACAGCUUCAAUCAAGGUGAUGUGUUCUUGCUGGAUCUUGGGAGCCUGAUCAUUCAGUGGAAUGGACCCAAAAGUAACCGUAUGGAGAGGUUAAAGGGGAUGAAUCUAGCUAAGGAUAUUCGUGAUCGAGAGAGGGGUGGUCGAGCACAAGUAACUGUCGUCGAAGGAGAUGAUGAGAAAUCAUCUGAGGAUGCCAUGAAACUAAUGUACCAGGCACUGGGAGAGAAAAGAGGUGCCAUCAAAGAUGUCAUCCCAGAUAAAAUUGUUGAUGAGAAAAUGAAGACUGCCAUCAAACUAUUUUAUAUUUCAGAUGCUGAUGGAAACCUUGUAGUACAGGAGAUAGCAGUAAAACCUCUCACUCAAGACCUACUGAAAACUGAGGACUGUUAUCUGCUGGAUCAAGGUGGAUUGAGGAUCUUUGUCUGGAAGGGCAAAAAAGCAUCAAAAACUGAGCGGGCAGAGUCUCUCAAGAAAGCUGAGGCCUACAUAAAGGCAAAAGGCUAUCCUACAUCCACUUAUGUAGAGACAGUGAGCGAAGGUGCAGAAUCAGCAGUUUUCAAGCAGCUCUUCCAGCGGUGGACGGAGAAGGGACAGACAGUCGGACUGGGCACCACACACGGUCCAGGGAAAAUAGCCAAGGUUGAGCAAAUCAAGUUUGAUGCCACCUCAAUGCAUGCUAGACCUGACUUGGCUGCACAGCAGAAAAUGGUGGACGAUGGAUCAGGCGAAGCUGAGGUAUGGAGGAUAGAGGACAAUGAACUUGUCCCUGUAGAUAGGAAGUGGCUCGGGCACUUCUACGGUGGUGACUGUUACCUUAUUCUCUACAAAUAUGAAGUCAACAGCAAGCUACACUACAUUCUGUACAUGUGGCAAGGUCGCCAUGCCAGCACAGCAGAGUUGACAGCAUCUGCAUAUCAGGCUGUGAUUCUGGACCAGAAGUACAAUGGAGAACCGGUGCAAGUUCGCGUUCCCAUGGGAAAGGAGCCCAUGCAUCUGAUGGCCAUCUUCAAGGGUAAAAUGGUUGUUUAUGAGAAAGGGUCUUCCAGAAAAGGCUCCACCCACACUCAGCCAUCAGUACGACUGUUUCAUUUCCACGGCACAAAUCAGUUUAACACACGUGCCACUGAAGUUUCUCCAACCUCAUCCUCUCUAAACUCCAAUGAUGUGUUUGUGCUCAACACAGAAAAGUGCUGCUACCUGUGGUAUGGCAAGGGCUGCAGUGGAGAUGAGAGAGAGAUGGCUAAAACGCUGGCUGACAUCAUCUCCAAGAGGGAGAAGCAUGUUAUUGCAGAAGGUCAGGAACCUGCUGACUUCUGGGUAAGCCUUGGUGGAAAGUCCCAGUAUGCCAGCAGCAAAAGACUUCAGGAAGAGAGUAGCAAUGUCACGCCACGAUUGUUUGAGUGCUCCAACCAGACUGGUCGCUUUAUAGCGACAGAGAUUACAAACUUCAAUCAAGAUGACUUGGAUGAAGACGAUGUGAUGUUGCUGGACAUCUGGGAUCAGGUGCUCCUGUGGAUCGGUAAAGGUGCCAACGAUAAGGAGAAGAAAGAGGCAGUGGUUACAGCACAGGAAUAUCUGAGGACCCAUCCUGCAGGACGUGACCUUGAUACACCUAUCUUGGUGGUUAAGCAAGGAUUUGAGCCACCUACCUUUACAGGCUGGUUCCACGCCUGGGACCCACUAAAGUGGAGUGGUGGGAAAUCCUAUGACCAGCUCAAAUCAGAGCUUGGAGAUGCAACUGAUCUUAUCAAAAUUACUGUGGAUAUGACCCAGCCUAUCACAAAACAAACCAACUCAAAAGACUCUGGAGGCACGAUGCCCCGACCUGUCACGCAAACCUUUCCUCCUGACCAGCUGGUGAACAUAACAGAGGACAUACCUGAUGGAGUCGAUCCCACAAGAAAAGAGGAUUAUCUCUCAAAUGAAGACUUUGCACUGAUUAUGGGGAUUUCUCGGUUGGAUUUCUAUGCCAUGCCAGCCUGGAAGCAGCUGAACCUGAAGAAAGAAAAGGGCCUGUUUUAGGAAGGGCACAAAUGCAUCUCUGUGCUACAGCACGUGCUUAACUGUCUGAAUACCAGUAGUGGCGCUGUGAAAAAACUCUAAAGUCAGGAUCAUUUCCUUUUAGAUUUUUAGAUUUACAUGUUUACAUAAAAUUACUUUAUUUAAAUAUAUUAUUUGGAAAAGCUAUCAAAUUGGUAAUAUAAAAGAUAAACUGUCAUAUUUAAAGUUGAUGUUAUGGAACUGAAUUAUUUACCUCAGUAUAAUUUCAACUGAACAGAGUAUAUGGAAUAAAUGGGGAAAUUAAGUUUGCAGAUCUGUCUUUUUUUACACAGGGAUUUGUAUUGGAUUCAAAAGGAUGGAUAAAGCAUUGACCAAAAUCUGUUUUUCUUCAGUUGCUUAAGCACUACAAUAAAAAUUUAAUAUUCACAUUCACUAACAGUAACUAAGGCAAUGGUUUUGUAUGAGGUUCAUUGAUGAAUAGAGAGCACUGAUAUUAAACACAAUUUGGAGAAUAUACUAUCUCAUUUCUAACUUCCAUGGAAUUAAUCAUUCACUGUACACAAGAGGUGCAUCACCUGUCUAAUGGAAAAAUCAAUAAACAGAAA